GAUCUUUUGAACUACUACUUUUGCUAUGUCGCACUCUGAAGAUGAAUAUAGUCUCCAUACAAGUCAUAUUGGCAAUGAUGUGUCUGAAGAUCCUGUUCAAGACCAUCGACCGCGAUUAUUGAUUAUGGGUCUAAGGAGGAGCGGCAAAUCCAGUAUUCAAAAAGUCGUAUUUCAUAAAAUGGCAGCUAACGAAACCUUAUUCCUUGAAAGUACCAAUAAAAUUAUUAAAGAGAAUAUCACAUCAUUUAUUGAUUUUCAAGUAUGGGACUUUCCUGGACAAAUCGAUUAUUUUGAUACAGCAACUUAUGAUUCAGAUGUCAUUUUUGGAGAGUAUGGAGCGUUAAUUUUCGUAAUCGAUGCACAAGACGAUUAUAUUGAAGCUCUCAAUAGAUUGCAUCAGACUGUUUUACGUGCUCAUGAAAAAAAUAAAAAUCUCACUUUUGAAGUAUUUAUACAUAAAGUUGACGCUUUGUCCGAUGAGUUCAAAAUCGACACACAACGCGACAUUCAACAGCGCACUACAGACGAAUUAGCAGAUGUUGGAUUAGAAAAUGUUCCUUUGUCUUUUUAUUUAACUAGUAUUUAUGACCAUUCAAUCUUUGAAGCUUUCAGCAAAGUUAUUCAAAAAUUAAUACCUCAGUUACCAACUUUGGAAAAUUUGUUGAAUAUUUUGUGUGCGAAUUCCGGAAUAGAAAAGGCAUUUUUGUUUGAUGUCAAUUCGAAAAUUUAUAUUGCUACCGAUAGUUCUCCUGUUGAUAUGCAAACUUACGAAAUUUGUAGUGAUAUGAUUGAUGUUAUUAUCGAUAUUUCUGAAAUAUACGGUCGUACGACUUCAUUUCAUCAAAUUAACGACGAACUAUAUGGAGAUGAUCAAACACAAGUCGAAACCAAUGGGAAGGCAGGAAAUUACGGUACAACUACUGACACCGCAAACGAUGCGGCGUCACUAAUCAAGUUAAACAACGGAAUGGUACUAUGUCUCAGGGGAGUGAACAGAUUUCUUGCAUUGGUUUGUCUCCUUCGAUCCGAUAAUUUCGAAAAGCAUGGUUUAAUAGAUUAUAAUUUUCAAUGCUUUAAACAAGCAAUAGCAGAAGUAUUUGAAUUAAAACGCCGUAGUGCUGAAAGAUUGAGACAUGAAGGAAUGAGACUUUCAGGAGAUGUUAAUGAAGGGGGAUAAAUUUUUAGUUAUAUAAGCUAAUUUCAUGUAUCAAAACAUAGAAUCAUUAUUUAUUUAGCUAAUGUAAUAUUAUUUAUUAAACAUUAAAUUAUUAUUUUAAAUAAUAAAUAGGAAACUAAACUAAGCGUUGUAGUUAACAUGCAUAAUCUCUAUCAGUAAAUUUACACGACAAGAUGUAAACCACGUUGUAAUCUUAAUAGGCCUGAUUACAUUAACUUAACUCUGGCAAAAUGAUAAUAAAUGUUUCGAAAUUAUACUUUUUAAU